AUGCCUUUCUUCCCAAGCAUCCAAGCUAAUACGACUGCCAUCAUCAAGCCCGAGCCCGGCCACAUCAAGCUCUGCUCAGGGCAGCAUUAUGCGGCCUGCACACUCGUUGGUCUCCUUGUCUGCGGCUUAACCCACACCCUAAUAACUCCCCUCGACCUAGCCAAAGUCCGCCGCCACGUCGACUCCUCCCUCUACCCCUCCAGCAUCCGCGGUCUACAGCACAUCUACCGCCACGAGCUCGGCCUCCGGGGUAUUUUCACUGGCUGGGUGCCUACCUUCCUUGGCUACUCUGCGCAGAGCUCCUUCAAGUAG